AUGGCGCAAGCAAACAGCAAUGGAGAAAGCUCCUGCCCUUCUAUUUUUUCUUCAUCGCCAGAUAGUUCUUCCAGCCCUUCAUCGUCUCCAUUGCCUGCAAUCUUCAAGAACGAAGACGGUGAUCAGCGCCCGAAAGGACUGCAAAUGGACGACACAUUCUUUCUUAAUGAUACUCAAGUGCUCCAUGAUCAUUUAAUCCAACUCGAAGUUGCCAAACAAGGGGAAUCAGAACUCGAUGGCCAGAUUUUGUUGCUCCCUAAUCUUGCCGAUAAUUCAGAAUCGAAGAAGAGUCUUCCUGAGCCACCUUCAUUCAAUGAGUCGAAGAAUGAUGGCGCGAAGAAAGAAGACGACAGGGUCAACAGAGUGCUCGUUGAUACAGCUGCACCUUUUGAAUCGGUUAGAGCAGCCGUCACAAAGUUCAGAGGGAUUGUAGAUUGCAAAGCCGAAGAGACACUGUCCAUAGAAAAUUCGCAGAAGCAAAGGCAGGCUCAACUCGAACUCAAGAAAGUACAAGAAGAAAUUGUCAAGUACCAAAAGAGAUUUCAAGAUGAAGAAACGGCUACGGGGCAAGUUCUGGAGGAGCUCGAUUACUUCAAAGGGCAUGCUGAAGAGCUGAACCUUCGGCUGGAGAGAGCAGAAACCCUAAAUGAACAGGCAAAGCAGGACUCUGCGCUUGCUGAUCUGAGGCUGAGAGAAGUAGUGCAAGGAAUUGCAAACGGUGCAAGCCUCGCGUCCAGAGCGCAGCUGGACGUGGCCAACGAGAGAUAUGCGAGUGCUGUCGCAGAGCUGAAAUCGGUAACAGAAGAGUUGGAGCCCAAGCGAGUCGCAUAUGUUUCAUUGCUUCGAGAAAGAGACGUUGCAGUUGAGAAAGUUGCAGAUUCUUUUGCUGCGACGAAAGAGAUUGAGCUGACCGUCCAGGAACUGACUCUCAAGCUGAUUUCAAGCAAGGAGUUGCUUGAAUCAGCUCAUGCCACGCAUCUCCACGCGGCAGAUCAAACAAUUAUUGCAGCACUGACACUGGAUAUUGAAAAAUUGAUGUGGCACAAUUUGCUCAAGCAUGCAGAAGAAGAAUUACAGCAGGUUCAUGAACAGAUGCUAUUGACAAACGAUGCGAAGUCAGAAUUAUGUAGAGCUUCGACGGUUUUACUUAAUCUAAAAGCUGAGCUAGUUUCACUGGAUUAUGCUACGAUGGAGAUUGAAGAAGUGAGGAGCCACAUUGAGAAAUCGACGGAUAGUGUUGACAGCAUUAAGAUUCAGCUCUCUUCACUUCAAUGUGACUUGGACAGGGAAAUGGCAGCCUUGAGAGCCGUGAGACAGAGGGAAGACUCUCAAUCUGCGUCCAUCUCAUCCCUCGAAGCCCAACUUUACAGGAUGAACCUUGAAUUGGAAUUGGUUCAGAAAAGAGAGGGUGCCAUAAAGAAGAAGUUGACUGGCGAGAAGCAAGCUAAACUGCAAGAAGCAUCUGAAGAGGCCGAGAAAGCUAAAGAACUAGUUAAUACGGCGUGCGAGGAGCUAAGCAAGGCCAAGGAAGAAGCUUUGCAAGCCAAAGCAGAAGCCACUGCAAUGGAGCUGAAACUGACUGCUGCUCUGAAGGAGAUUGAGGCAGCCAAAGCGUGGCAGGCGUUGGCUAACUCAGAAGUCAAAUCCCUGCAAGCAAGCAGAGAGGACUCCAAUGGAGUGGCAUUGCCUUUCGAGGAGUACAGUGCACUCAUCGAGAAGGCCAAGGAAGCAGAGGAACAAGCGAAGGAGAGAAUCACUCCGCCUAUUAAGCAAAUGGAGGCAGCGAAGGAGUCCGAGUCAAGAAGCUUAGAGAAACUGGAGAAGGCAAAGGAAACGUUGGAGGGAAAGAAGAAGGAGCUGAGGGCCGCCAUGGAGAGGCUCGAGAAGGCCGAGGAAGAGAGGCAGGCCGAGGAAGAGAAGCUUCUGAUGGAGCAGGAGCUAGACAAACCGAAUGACGAGCAAAAGCAAGGAAGCUUCGAUGUCGGAGAGAAGUCUGGAAAGUUUUCGUGUGAAGUAGGCGGUGAGAGCUCGACAGAGAGCCCCAGGGGAGUUAUGGAGCGUGCCAUUUCUACGGAGCCUGAGCCGAGACGGAGGAAGAGGAUGUUCUUUGCAAGGAUUGUCACGUUUCUGGCGAGGAAGAAGGUCCAGUCGCUCAAGUAG